AUGACCCUUGUCGAAAAACCGGGAACGGAGCUGUACGCCAUCUAUGCGGACGAUGUGAAGGCAGUUCACUGGUUCCGGACGAGCGGUAUACUCACACGAUGGAAAGAAGAGCGCAAGCUCCUGCAUUGGGAGAUGUGGCGCACCAUCAUGUUCUUCGCGCAUUGGAGGCGCCAUUGGGUGACAACUGCAGAUGGGCAUCGAAAGACACGAGACCGCGGGCGAGAGGCAUACGCGCGCAAGCAAGCCGAUCGUUGCGUUGUUCUACUCGGCGAAUGUCGAGUGCAGUACGAAUGUCUCAAGCUGGAUGAUACGGCAUGGGCAGGAGCCCUUGGACUGAUCAAUCCCAACGACGUAGACUAA